CUUACAUCAAACAAAAAGUUUGCAUUUUCCUUCUCUGUAAUUUUUGCUUUUACUUGCUGAUUUUUUUGUGUUAUUUUCUGUUAACUUUGAAGCUCUGUGGAUUCUCUGUAAUGGUGGAGAUUUCAGCCGUAGAAUUGUGUUAGUUUCCUCAAAGCAAACUCAGAUUCAUGCUCACACUACUGAGUUUUGUUUUGAUCUUUGAAUCCCAAUCAAAGUUUUUCUCUUUUUUUAACAAUUUUUUUUUUUCAACUUGAACCCUGUUCUUUCAUUUUAAUUCAACCUUCUUUUCUAAUUUUCUUCUUGCUCUGUUUCAGAGCUCAUUUGUCCAUAUAAUGUUUGUUUUGGGGUAAUUUCUGUAGUAAACUAGCUCUCUUUGCCUUUCUUGUAACUUAGUUUAGAGAAAGUUUGAAUCUUUAUUGUGUAGGUAGGCCAGGGUUCUAAGGGUUUUUGCUAAUUAGGGUUUUCAGUUUUUUGGGUUUUAAUUUGUUGAUCUAACAUAUAUAAAUGGAGUUGAAAGAGGGACUAAACCCAGCUGUGGCACUGAAGGGAGAUGAAGCUCCAGCGGGCUACCAUGUGGCCCCCAGAAUUGAAAACUCAACCCAAUUUGGGGGCCCCACUAUGCAGGCUGCAGCAGCGCUUUCGGCAACUGGAGCUCCCCCUCCCGCUACUGUAGCUAGUGUAGCUGCGCCUCCUGUGAGUGCAGGGAUGUCCGGGCCCGGAACCGGGUCUGAAGCAAAGAAAAGGAGAGGCAGACCUAGAAAGUAUGGUCCAGAUGGAACUGUGGCAAUGGCUUUGUCCCCAAUGCCCAUAUCCUCAUCGAUUCCACUGACUGGAGAGUACUCGGCUUGGAAACGAGGGAGAGGGAAACCUGUAGACACAAUUAAGAAGUCAUAUAAAUAUGAGUUUGAGAGUUCAGGUAAUAGAAUUGCAUAUUUUGUCGGUGCAAGUUUCACACCUCAUGUGCUCACUGUUAAUGCUGGUGAGGAUGUUACUAUGAAGAUCAUGUCUUUUUCUCAACAAGGAUCUCGAGCUAUAUGUAUCCUAUGUGCAAAUGGUACUAUUUCAAAUGUGACACUUCGACAGCCUACUUCUUCUGGAGGAACUCUGACUUAUGAGGGCCGUUUUGAGAUACUUUCCUUGUCUGGAUCAUUUAUGCCUACUGAGAAUGGGGGAACAAAGGGUAGAUCAGGUGGGAUGAGUGUUUCUUUGGCAGGUCCAGAUGGCCGUGUUCUGGGUGGAGGACUUGCUGGGCUAUUGAUAGCUGCUGGACCAGUACAGGUUGUUGUGGGCAGUUUCCUACCAGGUCACCAGCUGGAGCAGAAACACAAGAAGCAGCGAACUGAGUCCAUACCAGUUGUGACCCCUGCAAUUGUCAAUACCAUCGCUGCAGAAGAAACGAAAGCAUCUUAUGGCGGAGUAAAGCCAUUUCUUACCUCUACUUUAUCCUUCCACGGAGAUGGUUCAGCUUCUUUGAACCCCAUCCAAGGUAUCAGGCCCUCAGCUGUUGACAAUAAAUCAUCUUCACUUGAUGAUGACUCUAGGGACCACAGCCUGUCACAAUGCGAGGUUUCCAGCUGAUACGGUUUAUACACUAUUCGUCUAGAUGCUGGUCCAUCUCAAUCAUUUACUACAGACACAAACAUCAUUUAGGCUCGCUUGACCUUCUCUAGAACCAAUAUAACGUUGUUGGCGGCAUACUAAGGAAGAAGUAGGGUUUUGUUUUAGCUCAAGUAGGUUUUUUUAUCUUUGUAUUGGUUUUUAACCUGACAGUUCUACUGUCUGAUUAGGUUUAGGUAGGACAUCUGAUUAUUGAGAUCUCAUUAUUAGGCUGCUGUUGACAUGUAUUCUUUCCUAGUUGUCUUUCAUGUUGUUGUACCAUUUGAUAUAUGAAUCCUGGUGACAUUCUUAUCAUCC